GUUAGCUUGUAUAACAGAUGGAAGUUCAUUAAAUUUGUUUUCUGAUUCAUACAUUUUUUUUAUUUUUUUGAUAUGAGUAAUUUAUUUAUCUUUUUAAAGUUUUGGUGGGACGCUCUGUGUCCGGAACCUUUAUCCGCAGGUUGUUUCUAGGGGGAAUCAUUAAAGAAGCAGGAACUUGCAACUGAACUGAAGCGGUUCACUAUUUAUCUCCUGAACUUUUCGCGUUGGAGGGCAGUAAAAUGUUUUAUGAUUAUGAUGAUGUUUUAAUCCCAACAUUUUAACCGAAGCAGAAGUCUUGGUUUGCCGCAGCUGGACAGUGGUAACCAAGGUUACUUGUAGCUAGCGUCCACCGGCAGCGAUGACAUUGACGGUUCGACAUGAAACUAAGUAACUUAUUCUUCUGAGACGGAACAUUUCCAGGUCUCUCAGAUAAUAAACAGCUAUUUAGUCAGUCUGUGAGUUAACCUGUAAAUGAGAGAGAAAUGGCUUUGCUUUGUGGUGGCCUUUUAAAAGGCGCUCGCCUCUGUUCUCUUUCUGGACACCUGAUAAGGAACCUGAAGUCAUACAAACAGACUGGGUGUUCUGUGAAGACGAACACGACGACGACGACGACAUGCUCUGUGUCCUCUCCGCUCGGCUGUCACACAGUAACGAACUCUGUCCACUUGAGAGCGACUCCAGCCUCUUUGCUGUGUGGCAAAGGACGGACGGUGUGUGUCCAGAUUUGUCCCAAAGCCUCUUUACUUCUGCCCCGUGGUCCUGUCCUGACUCAACACUUCCACACCUCAGCCCGGCUCAGGGCCGUGCCUGCCCCCCUCAUAUGGAUGAUACUCAAACCUCUGCAGAAGCUUCUGGCUAUAAUCCUAGGCAGGAGUAUAAGGAAGUGGUGGGUUGCUCUGCCAGACAACCGCCGGCACCUCCUGCGCCAAUGGGCCUGGCAGCGGCGCUGGCAUCUGACGGCGGGUGCGUGCGUUGCUGUGGUGAUUGUGGCCCUCCUCCUCCUAACCCACCUGGAUGAGACUCCGGUGACAGGACGGACCCGCCUCCUAGUGUUCAGCAGAGAGAACUACAUGGAGCUGGCAGCUCUGACCUCAGAGGCGUACAUGGAGGAGUUUGCGGAGCUGCUCCUUCCGGCCACUGACCCCCAUCACCAGACGGUGGAGCUGUUGGUGCGCCACCUGGCACAAAGGAACAAUGACAUCCCCGGUGUUUCUGACUUCACCUGGACUGUUCAUGUGGUGCAAAGUCCCAACACCAAUGCCUUUGUCCUACCAAACGGGGAAGUGUUUGUGUUUAUGGGGAUGCUGGAAGCUGUGGCAGAUAUUCACCAGCUCACUGUUGUCCUCGGACAUGAGAUGGCUCACGCUUUACUGGGACACUCUGCAGAGCAGGCCAGUCUGUCCCAUGUCGUGGACCUCCUGUCUCUUGUUCUGCUGACGGCCAUCUGGGUAAUAUGUCCUCGAGACAGCCUGGCAGUUCUGGGACACUGGGUACAGGAGAAACUUACGGAGCUGUUGUUCAGACGCCCCUACAGUCGGAAACUGGAGUCCGAGGCCGAUCAAGUCGGAUUGCAGAUGGCUGCUAAGGCGUGCGCAGAUGUGCGAGCUGCCCCGGUAUUCUGGCAGCAAAUGGAAAUCAGAGAUCAACUGACAGGAGAGCCCACAAUCCCUGAGUGGCUAUCCACACACCCAUCACACAGGAACAGAUUCACUCAGCUGGACCGUCUUAUACCAGAGGCUCUGGAGUUGAGGGAUAACUGCGUCUGCCCCACUCUGCCUGACACCGACCCCCGUGCCGUCUUCUCCAAGAGCGUCCGUGUGCUGCUGGAAAACGCCAAAGACCAGGGGAGAGAAGGGCAAGAGAGGGCGCGUAAGCCACACCUGCCCCACAGCCCUGCCUCCUUCCCCGCGGGACUGCCCGCAGCACUGCUCGCUCAAACUCCACAUCCUCUUUCCUCAAAUGUGGAGCGGUUAAGUGCGGGCCCGGCUCCGGUUGUGGCUUCAGAGACGGUCGUGGCGGCGUCUGAAGCCGCAGCUCUGCAGGGGAAGGAACCCGGCGCAUAGUGAAAAGCACCAGCUGAUCGCAGCGUUAAAUCUUCUCGAGCUUCCUUUGACAGACGUGACUGACAGAGACUCCUAUUGGUUGAUCUGUGCGAAGGGUGAAGGGCGCGUGAAGAGAAGUGACUGGAAUGAUAAAAGUGAAAAGCCAGGAAAAAUAAAGAGAGAAUAGUAUUCACGCCAUAUCAGUAAGAUAACCCUGAACGAGGAAAUACCGAUUUUAUUAGUAAAGCUUCCAUGCAUUAGUAGAUUAAUAUGUGCAUUAUUCAUUGACACAUGGCAGCGGUAACGACGGUAAGCACUUCUGUGUGCACGUCGGAGGCUGUGUCCAUGGAAGGCAGAGGACAUCUACAUUCUCAUUACGACUACUGCAUUCUCAUGCAACACACACGCACACGCAGCACUUUAUGCAUUUUCUAGCCUGAGGGACUUAUUGGUGUAAAUUUAUGCCGGGUUGUUUGCAGCUUUUUAAAACAGAGACUUCUGCACAAGAAUGCCAAUAUCAAGCGUCAAGCUUCGAGAAAUCUUUCAUGGGAUUUCGCAAAAAUCUUGUUUAACAAGGCGAGUGGACUGAGAAAACAUUCGCGUUUACAGCAACAGCCUGCAGGAGCAGUCACACAGUGGAGAGGGGAGGGCAGUUACGGUUCAGAUCUUGGUAAUCUUUCAUGUGUGCGCUGAAAUAAAAUAAUACACUUCAUUACACUGUGAAAUCCAAAUGCUGCGACUGUAGCGUUGCGCCGUGGAUGAAUUGUUUUAUUUGUAUCAUGCUUUUUAGGCGCCGAGCCUCCAUCAGCUUGCGAAACAGCAAUCAAGAGGCUGCUGUGGGAGCUUUGUUGUACCGCAGACAGGGUAGUUCUGUAUUAGAGUAAGUGGCCAGUGAUGGGUUUCGUGCAAAAGAGCGAAAUGAAAAGCAAAUGGAGUAUUGUGGUUUUUUUUUUUUUUUAGCAUUAGUAUCUCAGGAGAAACAUGUUUGCAGGGGAUGAGGGAAAAAAAAUAAAAGGUUGAGAGG